AUGGGGCGUGGAACUUGUUCUCUUGCAUUGGAUAAAGUUCAAAGGAGGGUGCUUUUGCGGCUUUUGGGAGUAAAUUCGAUCUUUGCAAAUACUGUUUUCGCGGCCCCGAUUCAGGAUAUGAAGGAACCGGAAGUGCUUAGGACGAUAAAGCUUGCCAGUGGAGUGAGGAUACAAGAUAUCGUUGAAGGACAAGGCCAGGAAGCUCUUGAAGGAGACACAAUCGAAUUUAAUUACGUAUGUCGCAGGUCAAAUGGAUAUUUUGUGCACAGCACUGUGGAUCAGUUUAGCGGAGAAAGUUCACCUGUUAUACUAACUCUGAAUGGUGAGCAGAUAAUUAGAGGCCUACAGGAGGUUUUGGUUGGCAUGAAGGUUGGAGGAAAGAGAAGAGCUUUGAUACCACCUUCACUAGGAUAUAUCAGCGACACUUUACAGCCAAUUCCCGAAGAGUUUGGUCCUCGGCGUAGCCUUUUGUCUCACGCAAAGGAGCCAUUGAUUUUUGAAGUCCAGCUCUUGAAAGUUUUAUAA